GUAUAAAACAGCGACCAUUCACAAAAUGAAGCUUCUCUUGCAAUUCGCACAUACGCGUUUACCUCCUCCGGUUUAAAUCUCUCGCUCUCUCUCUCCAUCUCUCUCUCUGAUCAUCUCGUCUUUCUUUCUCCUCUAUUUGCAGGGAGGCUCAAACGUCGUCGGUAGUCCUCAAAACGCGACCCCCCUCAUUUUCUCUCCCUCUCCCAUGAUUUUCUCUCAGAUCCAUGGAAGCACACUCGUCCUUCUCUCUUGUCAGUGACCUUUCUCCUUCUCUCGAUUCACCAAUGCUUUUCCUUCUCUGUUUAAUUUCUCCUCGCACGAGCCCUAGCAGAUCCAUGCUCUUCUAGACGAUUCGAAACCCUUCUCUUUCUCCGGCGUCAAAACCCUAGCUUCUCAAUUCGAGUCCGCUGGAAAUGAAGGGCUCCAGCCGCCUUUUCACGAUCGGGCUCGUCACCUCCUGGUACUCCUCCAACAUUGGAGUUUUACUGCUCAACAAGUACUUGCUCAGCAACUACGGCUUCAAGUACCCGAUCUUCCUCACCAUGUGCCACAUGACGGCCUGCUCCCUGCUCAGCUACGUCGCCAUCGCGUGGAUGAAGAUGGUCCCUAUGCAAACCAUCCGAUCUCGAAUUCAAUUCUUGAAGAUCUCCGCCCUUAGUCUCGUUUUCUGCGGUUCCGUCGUCAGCGGCAACGUCUCCCUCCGGUACCUCCCGGUUUCCUUCAACCAGGCUAUCGGCGCCACCACGCCCUUCUUCACCGCGGUGUUCGCGUAUCUUAUGACGAUGAAGAGGGAGGCCUGGCUCACCUACGUCACUCUCAUCCCGGUCGUCACCGGCGUCGUCAUCGCCAGCGGGGGUGAACCGAGCUUCCAUCUAUUUGGGUUUAUAAUGUGCAUUGGUGCUACUGCUGCAAGGGCCCUCAAGUCAGUGCUUCAAGGGAUUUUGCUUUCUUCGGAAGGGGAGAAGCUGAAUUCUAUGAAUCUCCUCUUGUACAUGGCUCCUAUAGCUGUUGUAUUUUUGCUUCCUGCAACACUUUUCAUGGAAGAAAAUGUGGUGGGUAUCACACUAGCACUUGCAAGAGAUGAUUUCAGGAUCAUCUGGUAUCUGCUAUUUAAUUCUGCGCUAGCUUAUUUUGUAAAUUUGACCAAUUUUCUGGUCACAAAACAUACCAGCGCCCUGACUCUUCAGGUACUGGGAAAUGCAAAAGGGGCAGUGGCUGUGGUUGUCUCAAUAUUGAUAUUUAGGAAUCCUGUGUCAGUUACUGGCAUGCUAGGUUACACGCUCACUGUCGUUGGAGUUAUCCUCUAUAGUGAAGCCAAGAAGCGUAGCAAAUGAGCAGCUAAUUUUGGGAAAAAAGAUAAAAAGCAGAGAAGGGCAGAGCUUCCCUCCAUUUGGGUUUUCCUUAUUUUGUGCAAGGGUAAAGAACAGGGGCAACCUUCCUUUCUUGAGGCAAGUCUGGAUGAGGUGCAUGCAAUUGAUGCUGAUGGAUUUUGCCCUCUAAAUUCUAAUUUCUAUUUUACCCAGGAGACCUGUGGGAGCCGUGUUUCCAUCUGUACCAGCAACAACCACCAAGAUUAGACGAAACAAGAAAAGAAAAGAAAAUUUUGAAUAAAUGAUGACUUAUUUACCUCUCUCCCUCUCUCUCCCUCCCUCUCUAUUCAUCCCACCUUGAGGUUGUGGAGGGAGGAAUAACUUCUAUGUUUUAUUCUUUUUAGGAUUUAAAAAAAAAGUUCAGUUGUAGAACUUGGCCCUCUACCUCUACACAAUCAAAUAUGUUUUACAUUUCUCAUAUUGAUUUAAUUAAUGAAAGACAGUUUAUAAUUUUACCA